AGACACGCGAUCGCAUUUCUCGCCAUGGCCGCGCCGCGCAGUCUGAAGUCGCCUGCGCUCGAUGUCCCUCCGGAGCCACCACUGAAGCGCCUCAAAUUGACUGACACGGCCCCAACGAGCACCCAGAACUCCACCCCAGGACCCAACUCUCCAACAUCUCCUUCAGCAACAGCUGAUCUCGCCGAACAACUCGACGCCGAGCUGCGCAACAAAUACGUAAAAGGCAAAAAGCUCGGCUCAGGUCAAUACGCCGACGUCUUCUCCGCCCACGAACGCGACGACCCCACCAAACUCGUCGCAAUCAAAAAGAUCAAAGUCGGCGCCGAAGCCAAAGAAUUCGGCAUAUCCUACGACUCCCUCCGCGAAAUCAAAUUCCUCCAAGAACUCGACCACCCCAACAUCAUCAAACUGCACGCCGUCUUCUCCACCAAAGGCCAGAAUCUCAACCUCGUCCUCGAACAAUUACCCCAAGGCGAUUUGUUGAAAUUGAUUCAAGACACGACGAAUAUCAGUUACACUCCUGCGGAUAUCAAGAGUUGGAUGCUCAUGCUACAACGCGCAAUACAUUUCUGUCAUGCGAAUUUUAUUUUGCAUCGGGAUAUUAAGCCGAACAACUUGUUGAUUGCGAGUAAUGGGGAGAUUAAAUUGGCGGAUUUUGGUCUGGCGAGGAGUUUUGCGGAUCCGUAUCAGAAUAUGACGAGUCAGACGAUUACGAUUUGGUAUCGUCCGCCCGAGCUGUUCUACCAGGCGAAGCAUUAUGGCGGGGCGGUGGAUAUCUGGAGUUGUGGGUGUGUGUUCGCGGAGUUGAUUGCGAGAGAUGUGUUGUUUCGCGCGUGGCCGGAGAGUGAGUUGGGGAUGGUAAAGUUGAUUUCGGAGAAAGUGGGGACGCCUACUGAGCAGAAUUGGCCCGGGGUGACUUCUUUGCCGGGGUAUAUCACGCCUGAGCCUGUGAUUCCUGUGAAGCCGAGGAGUUAUUGGGAGGCGACUUUCAGGGCGAUUGGUGAAGUGGGUGUGGAUUUGCUCAUUGGGAUGCUGAUGUUGGAUCCGAGAAAGAGGUUGAGUGCCGAGGGCGUAUUGAAGCAUCCAUUUUGGACGAGUGAUCCUCGACCAAGCAAGCUGGAGGACCUACCUCGUAAGGGUGGCGGUGUCGAGCAGAUGGGCGAAGACCUGAAGAGAAGAGGCGGAGAGCUGCUGGUGAAGGAAGAAGGCAGAGACCGAGGAGACAAGGUUGCAAGGAAGCUGUUCUAGGACCGCGACUUCGGACGAGUGUACGAACGUAACGAUGAUACGAUAUAAAACGACAGGACUUGGACACAGGAAUCAGUCCUUGUAAGAUAGAUGGGCGAUUCUAGCGUUGGAUGAACACUUUCCAGCCAUGACUCCGAG